AACCCAAAACAAACGGACUGAAAUCUUGGGUGCACCCGCGCAUGCGCAGUAUUUUUUAGAAGAAAAACAGCGAACACCGACCAUGGAUCUAUUAUAGUUCAAUGACACCGACAUGGGAAAAUAAACACUGAAUAUACUCCAUUUUCAGCGCAAUAAAUGGUCGGGUGAUGGACAACGUUGCAAUGUCAACCCCUCGUGGAAACUCAAUUGCAACGGAAGAAAUGGAGGGUAUCUGUGUAAUGCCAGACCUUGGUGCUAUUAAGACGGAGGACCCUGGUGUUAACGAGGAGGGAGGCGGUCAAAAUGUGGCCAUGGGGAUCAAAUUCAUCUUGCCCAAUAGGUUUGAUAUGAAUGUGUGCUCGAGAUUUGUAAAGUCGUUAAACGAGGAAGACAGCAAAAACAUUCAGGAUCAAGUAAACUCUGAUCUGGAGGUGGCAUCUGUUUUAUUCAAAGCCGAGUGCAAUAUCCAGACCUCACCAUCUCCUGGAAUACAAGUUCGUCAUGUUUACACCCCGUCCACUACCAAACAUUUUUCUCCCAUUAAACAGUCAACCACUCUCACCAACAAGCACCGCGGGAACGAGGUGUCUUCCACACCCCUUCUUGUGCAUUCAUUAUCCAUUCAUCAGCUGGCAGCCCAAGGGGAAAUGGUGUACUUGGCUAGUAGAAUUGAACAAGAAAAUGUAAUUAAUCUUCAAGAUGAGGAAGGCUUCACCCCCUUAAUGUGGGCAGCUGCCCAUGGACAGAUUGCUGUGGUUGAAUUUCUGCUUCAAAAUGGAGCGGACCCCAACCUUCUAGCCAAAGGAAGAGAAAGUGCUUUGUCUUUGGCCUGCAGUAAAGGAUACACAGAUAUUGUGAAGAUGCUCAUUGACUGUGGGGUUGAUGUCAAUGAAUAUGACUGGAAUGGAGGAGCCCCUCUCCUGUAUGCAGUUCAUGGAAACCAUGUUCGUUGUGUGGAAAUCCUUCUAGAGAGUGGGGCUGAUCCUACCAUUGAGUCUGAUGCUGGCUUCAAUGCAAUGGAUAUGGCAGUGGCCAUGGGCCAUCGUAAUGUUCAACAGGCAAUGGAAGCUCAUUUACUAAAGCUACUAAUGGGAAUCAGAGAAUGAAGAACCAUCUGAGAAUGCAAUCAUGUAGCUAAACUCAUUUUUACACUUCUUUUUGGAGUGUUCUUAUAACUGAAAGUGUUGGUAACUUUUCUAUUUUGUAUUUCAGAUUAGAGAAAAGAAAAAUGCAUGUUGUGUUUACUGUCAUUUUAUCUAUUUAACUUAUUUCAAUCAAUGUUUGCAGUUAUGAUAAAAUAUACCUGUGCCGUUUUCA